AUGAGCGAAAAGAACUCCCUCGCAGAUAAUUGGGCCCAGCCGCGUUCCAAAUCACGCAUCAGCAAAUGGAAGGUGUUUGGCGCAGGCGCACUCACUGUAGCUGCUUUGUAUUGGCUCACCCCUAGCAUGCCAGUGCACUGCCCACAUAGUCAUCAUCCCCACAGUCAGCAUUAUGUGGGUGAGAACAUAGAAUGGAAGCCGUGCGGAGAGAUCAGCAACCGUCCCCUCGAGUGCAGCAGCAUUGACGUGCCGAUUGAUCAAUUCAAUCCCGAUGCUAGCAACAAGACUUUUAACGUAGCAAUUGCACGAUUGCGCGGGAAGGACGGAAGUCCCAAUCUGCUGCUUAACCCUGGCGGACCCGGUGGCAGUGGUUUUGAGUUCCUCCACAGAAGGGGAGAGCAGCUCAGCACUAUUGUUGGUGACGGGCUUCAUCUUCUCACUUUUGAUCCCCGUGGUAUUAACUCGUCAACUCCGCUCGCGUCAUGCUAUCCUACCAAGGAGGCGCGUCAACAACUGGGGUCCGUUCAUGAUCUCGACAUGUCAAAGGAUGGCCCCGAGGUAUUCGCAUGGACGCACAACUAUGUCAGGGCCUGUGAGGAUACCAUGGGCGAGCAUGGAAAGUACAUCAAUACCCCUCAAACCGCUGCCGACAUGAACAGCAUCCUCGACGCAGUUGGACAAAAGGAUAUGUACUACUGGGGCUUCAGCUACGGAACUCUCCUGGGUCAAACCUACGCCACUUUGUUCCCUGAGCGAUCAUACAGAGUCAUUAUCGACGGAGUUGUCAAUCAAUUUCUCUGGUAUCAGGCACGUCUCGACGGGGAAGACCUUGUCGAUACCGAGAAUGUUUUCGAUGGUCUACUCAAGGAAUGCUUCAAAUCUGGGGAUGCUUGCCCAUUGUCUUCGAUGGCAGACUCUUGGCAAGGUCUCAAGAAGAAGUUUGUCUCUUUCGUUGGCGAUCUUAAAGAGCAGCCGAUGAACGUAUAUGUCAACAAUAGCGUGUACGGCCUGCUGGACUACCAAAAGAUCUGGUAUGGAGCGCUCUUCCCAGUGUUGUACAAACCCGAGAGAUGGUACAUGUUUGCCGAGAAGAUGGAACAGCUUCUGCGUGGUAACGCGACGCCAGCUCUGAUGGAAUAUGGACUUGACGAUGAAGGCAAUAGCGACGCGCUCUACACUGUUUCGCUGAAUGAUGGACUGGCAGGUCCUGAGCACUGGCCACAGGAUCUGGACUCCCUUCUGGACAUUGUCACGCCUACUUUUAACCGCAGUGUUUUUGCCCCAGAUGACCUGGUUUACCUUUUUGCUAAACAGCAGUGGCGUAUCCCAAAGACGCACAACUACGUCCCACGUAACGGUGUAGAGACGGCUCAUCCUCUCCUCAUAUUGACAACAUCCUACGACCCUGUGUGUCCCCUCGUCUCAGCUCGAAGCGCCCUUGCGGCGUUCGAAGACUCGCGCCUUGUAGAGGUCAAGGGCUACGGACACUGCUCUGUUGCAGCCCCAUCACUUUGCCUCGCCAAGCAUGUUCGAGGAUUCCUCUAUAAUGGAACUUUGCCUACUGCCAACGAGACGCAGUGUGAGGUUGAUGGACCGUACUUUAAGCCCAAUGGGUCAGGCACUGUGCAGAUUUUUGAGAAUACUGAAGAUCAGGCGAUCCAUCUCGCGCAGGUUGAGUUGGCACGAGACGGUAAUUGGCCUCAACCUGCUCGGUUUUAA